UCCCGCUCAAAUUGUCUCACGUUCUUUAUCGCCUCUAUCCGUUGGAACUUGGCUAAAAUAUCACAAGAUUCGAAGGGAAAGGAAACCCCAAUUCCUCUUCUCUGAUUUUUUUUUUUUUUUUUUUUUUUUUUUUUUUUAUCUAUGGAGAAUCAGAACUCGAAGAAGCGGGAUUGGGACGACUUGGCCGACUCGGAGGUCGGUUCGCCGGAGGUGAAGCGGCUUAGAGAUGACCUUCUAGGUUUUCUCGACGAGUCCAAUCUAGAACCGGCGACUCCCGAUCUCGACUCGUUGAUGAGGAGUUUCGAGGAAGAAAUUGCUACUGCGUCGUCUUCUCCGGUGCCGGUGGUGGAUUUAACGGUGGAUUCCGGUGAGUCUCAGCCGGAGUUAGGCUACCUCUUGGAAGCCUCCGACGACGAGCUUGGUCUACCGCCUUCAGUUACUUCGAAUAGCCAACAGGAGUUUGACGAAGCGACCGAGUUUGCUCGAGUAACGACCGAUUCGUCUGAGACCAGUGAGAUGUGGAGGUUUGAGGAUCAGAUCCCGAACUACGACGCUUUCGAACUGGAAGCCGGAGAUAUGUUCAGCGGCAGCCACGCGGCCGAGUAUGUGGGUUUGGAUGGGCUGUUGGAGUAUUCGAAUCUGUGUUCUGAUGCGUUGGAUAACUCGGAUUUUCUCUGGCGGCAAGAAUCUCUGCCGGCUCAAUAGUUAGAAACGUCGCCGAUUAAUUUAUGUUUUGCGUUAGGAGUAGAUACAGAUGCCGCAGUUGCAUAUAGAAAUUGGUUCGUUUUUUGUUUCCUUUGUAUUUUGAUUACACAGUGGAAAUUCAUUUUUGUUCAUGGUUAUGCUUUCUGGAUAAAAAUUAGUUGAAACCUUGAAAAUGCUGUUGCCA